UAAGUGACUUCCACUAGUGGGUGCUUAGCUGUUUGGGCUGGAGUGGACUGGAUAAGACAGUUCCUCGUUGAAGAUUAUCCGGAAAUCGGUCUCCUCAGUAGAUAUGUGGACAGUUAUACUUAAAUAGUUCAUGAAUCAUCCGUUCUUCACAUCUACGUCGCUGCAGCUUUACUCCACACAGUGUUUACCCACCCCCUCACAGUGACUCAGCAGAUACUGUGACAGCUGUGAUUGACCGUGAUAUCAGCCAGUAACAUGUCCAUGUUCAGCACGGGCAUCCUUGUGCUGACGUCUCCUCUCCACACCCUCCCCUUGCGCAUCGCUCCAGUGCUCACUUCAGCUGCUCAGCUUGUAGAGCGCACACUGUACGUGCACCUCCAUCCCGGGCUGAACCUGGGAAGUGGGAGCCAGCCUCGGCCAGUUUUCAUUCCACCAGUAGUGGACCUGUCUACGCUCAUAUCCCGCCUUUACAGCAAUGCAGCUGACAUAUGCGGGCAUCUGGAUGUUCGUGUUUUGCUGACCAAUGUGCGCGCUCAGUCAGCUGCCAGCAGCGGGGCCGCAGCCCCAAACUGCCCCUUCCCCACACCACAGUCUCUGUCUCACUCCCCGGAGGUGGUGCUAACAGACUUUCCUCUGCAGGACCCAGGUCAGUCCCAUCAGGUCACACAGUGUCUGCAGAGGUAUACAGGCCACUGCUACGUCUGUAGCCCCACCCUCCCCUCAGUGCUGCUUCACCCGCAGCUAGUGAAGCUGCAGGAGCAAGAGGAAGGGCUGAAAGAGCCCAAGGAAAAGGCGAAACCUUUGGAGACCUACAGUGAUGUGGUGGUAGGGGGGACAUUUGACCGGCUCCAUGGGGCCCACAAGACGCUGCUCAACAUCUCAUGCCUGCUAGCUAACAGAAGGUUCCUUAUUGGUGUGUGUGACCAAGCAAUGCUGAAAAAAAAAGUGCUGAAGGAGCUGGUCCAGCCCUACUCUCUGCGGGCACAGAAACUACAGGAGUUCCUGCAUGAUGUCAAACCCUCCCUGCAGGUGGAGAUCGUGCCCCUGGACGACCCCUUUGGAGUGUCUGUGGUUGACCCCUUGCUGCAGUGCAUUGUGGUUAGUGAGGAGACCAGAAAGGGAGGCGAGGCGGUCAACAAGAAACGGAUUGAGAACGGCCUUCCAGCUCUCGUCCUCCACGAGAUCCAGUUGCUCAAAGACGCCCACCACACUGAGACGGAGGAGGAGAAGAUCAGCUCCUCCAGUCUGCGAUCUCGUCUGCUGGGCACCCUCCUGAAGCCGCCUAAAGACACAUCCCAUCUCGCUCCCCUUCCAUACGUGAUCGGCCUGACAGGAGGCAGCGGCAGUGGAAAGAGCUCCAUCGCCAGGCAGCUGGAGGAUUUGGGCGCCGUCCGCAUUGACUGUGACAAGCUGGGCCAUGAGGUGUACCAGCCGGGCACUGCAGCCUAUCACAGAGUGCUGGAAGAAUUCGGGUCAGAUCUUCAGAAUGAGGAUAAAACCAUCAACAGACGAGCAUUAGGAAGAAAGGUUUUUGGAAACCAGGACCGGUUAAAAGCCCUGACAGACAUUGUUUGGCCUGAGAUUGCACUUCUGGUGAAGAACAGGAUCAGCCAAGCCAGAGAGGAAGGUAAACAGGUUUGUGUGCUGGAUGCAGCAGUUCUCCUGGAGGCCGGCUGGACAGACAUGGUCCACGAGGUCUGGGUCACCGUCAUCCCCGAGGAGGAGGCAGUGUUAAGGAUCACAGAGCGAGACGGUGUGUCCACAGAGGACGCCCUGCGCCGGCUGCAGAGCCAGUGGUCCAACAGCAAGCAAGUAGAGCACGCCAAUGUGGUGCUCAGCACGCUGUGGGAACCGGAGGUCACACGGAAACAGGUACUGAAAGCUUGGAAUCUUCUUCAGCAGAGAAUCCAACAGCGGCGAGAGGGAAAAGUGUCUGUCACUACAUCAUCUCAGCUGUGACCUGUGCAUGCAGAUACAAGCAUGUGUCAGGCCCACGGACAUGAGUGCACAAAUGACUGAUCCGCAUAAGGAGACGCUGCCUUAGAAAGAAGCGAGGAUGAUGACUGUGCCAUCACAGCAAACCCAACAAGCACUUUCACUUCUUUGACCAACACUCAGUGCCUAGUUGACUUUCCAUGGGUUUUUAAAGUCUAGUUUUAUUUGAAGAUUGUGAGUUAAAAGUUGGAUGGAUGAGGAAAAAAAAAUCAUAAAUGAUCCUUUACAAAAUAAAUUUGGAAUUUGACAGCUGGAAUUCAUGUUUGGGAUUAAUAAAAUGUUGUAUCCUAAGAAUUGUAGGUCUGUUUUCAUCCAAAGAUUUGUUUUAUUUAUGAAUGACAUGCCUUUAAAUAGGUGCUGUUAAAUGAUACGCCCAACAGUCAGCGAUCUCAGAUCAUUUUAAGGUCAAACUUUUUAGCAAAGUCCAAUAUUGUGGACAGUUCUGUGGAUUGAUAUGAAUGUAGCUUAGAAAAGCAACUAAUAGUAAGGGAAAGGUGAGAUACUAUAUUGAAAGAUUGUAUAACUGUUAAAUCAUAGGAUUAAAUGUUUGUGGUUUCAGGGUUGGGAGAAUAUGCUAACAAAUUCACAAUCACUGUGGCGUGAGGAAUGACCAAACAUGGUAAACUGUAUCAGAGAGACAUGUGCAAUAGGUUAGGAUAUAUUAUAACAUUAUCAGUGUAGCUGUCACGUUGAGACGCACAGGGCGCUGAAAAUGAUUGACACAAUCACAAUGACUAAUAGGAAAUAAUAAGGGCAACACAUAUAGGACACUGAGGUAAAUCAAGCUGACAUGAGAAAGGUUUUACAGCUUUGAAACAUUUAUCUGGAAAUGAAAUCCUUUGGAAAACCUUGACUUGCAGUCAAGAACGAGCUCACCUCAACAUUCAGAUAUUUAUGUUUCUGAAAGUACCUGGAAAAGCCAAAAUGGACAGCAGGGUAGAAACUAAUAUGUUUACAUUGUGAGAAUAAAAUACUCCUUCAUUGCUUCAGCCAUACCAUAAUGUCAUUUGAUCAUACAGUUGGUAAGAAUUGUCUUGCAUGUCAUCUGGAAACUCAGUGGAAUACUUAUAUAAAUUGGCGUAACAUUAAAUGAAAUGUUUUCAAA